UUUGUGAUUUCUGUGAUUCAGGUUCCCCGGCUGAUCGAUCUGAUCUUGAUAUUGGAGAUGAGAUUCUAGAAGUCAAUGGCAAGUCCCUUCAUAAUGCUUCACACUCGGAAGUCAUCAACCACAUUCAUCAGUGUGUACGGUCGCGGACAAUUUCACUGCGGGUCAGGAGAAGAAUGGGACUUUCUGGAGGCGAGCCAGACCAGGAGAAGAAUAGAGUUCAGGAAGCCUAUGUGAUUGCCGUAGAGCAACAGGCUAAGGAUAAGAUAGCCAAACUCGCAGCCCACAACUCGGUCAAUGCUGUGGAUCUGUCCAGUCUCCCACCUCUCACCAAUGCUUCCGGCGAUGUAAUCAAUGGUUACAUCGAGCCUAGUUAUACCACACCGGACGGUUUCUCUAGCGGACCCACAGACGAAGAGGACGUCUUGUCCCCCGACGUGGGGCUGCCCUUUGUGAACGGCGGAUACAUCCACGAGCCCGAAAUAGAGGCCGUGAAACUCAGCGGGGAAGAAUCCGGGGUUGAUUUCAGUGCGUUUAACGGUGUUCACAACGAAGCCUACAGCAGUAGUACUGACAGCCUGCCGGAUCUUGGGCUGCAGAAUCAUGGCGUAAAUGUGGUAACCACCAGUGCCGACGUCGAGCCAUUCACAAACGUUGAGGACACGGAGAGUGUGAGGUCGUACGAGUACCCGGAUUAUAACGGACAAGGUGCGGUGGUUGUGGAGCCCGCGCUCGAUUGCAGCGUUGUCGCGCCAGUAGAGUUACCGCCACUGGCUCUUGAGAAACUCGAGGAGCCCGGCCAGUCCUCCUCUGAACAGCCUGAAGAGAGUACCAGCGAGAUGGUUGUGCAGGCAGACCUCCAACCAGUGAAGCAGGAGAGAGGCAUGCAUAGGGAGGUGGCCGUGGACUGCCCGCCCGGCUUUGUGGCCGCCAGCGGAAUGAAAAACCCCCCACCGCAGUACAACCACACGAGCGCACCCCAUCAGAACGGGGGCUCGGCUGUGGUGCGGAACGGGACGGACGCUAUGCCCAAUGGGAAGAAAAAAGGCAGUUCUAAGAAGCAGCGAAUGGAAGAGGACAGGGGAGUAGAGCAACAGAAUGCAAGUCAGAACAACAGUCAGGGUGCCACGCUUGCAUUCCAGCCCGUUUCCUCCAAGGCCCUCUUUGAAGAUGACCCUAAAGCCAGCGUAGCGGCCCCAACAAACAACAGGAAAACAGUCGACUUAUCCAAAUUCAACGCCAACCUGGCGCUGAUGCAGACAAAACUGGGAGACCCGGGGAACGCGGAGACUGUGCACUUCCUGGGCAGCCUCCUUCAGAAUCCGGAAUUCCAGCAGGCGCUCCAGGUGCACAACCAUGUGACUGAGGUUCACCAGCGAAGCCAGGUGCCCCUACCAGUCUGCAGCAGUCUGGAACAGAUUGCAGCCGAGGUGAAAGCCGAGACUAAAGCCAAUGAGAGUGAUGAAGCAGAGGAGCUCAUCAGGAUACUUGAGACUCCGGAAUUCAGGGCCUUGUUGUCAGCCCAUGACAAGAUCGCUUCCAGGGAUCCCACGUUGAUGCUUGGACCUGAAGACCAGGAACAAGACCACGAUAGCGACAUGGUAGAGGAGGACUCCGUCAAAAUAGUCCGGAUUGACAAGUCCAACGAACCUCUGGGAGCAACGAUUCUGAACGAUGGAGAUGCUAUUAUCAUCGGUCGGAUCAUCAAGGGCGGCAUGGCUGAACGGAGCGGAAUGCUGCAUGAAGGGGACGAGAUACUAGAAAUAAACGGGCAGGACGUCCGAGGCAAAUCGGUCAACGAAAUCUGUGAUGUCAUGAGUAAUCUCUCAGGAACACUUACAUUCCUCAUAGUGCCUACCAAGCAGCCUAACGUCAGGCAACAGCCCAAAGACAAUGCCCUGAUUCACAUGAGGGCGCACUUUGACUACGACCCCGAGGACGACAUGUACAUCCCGUGCCGGGAGCUGGGCCUGUCCUUCCACAAGGGGGACAUUCUGCACAUCAUAGCGCAGGACGACUCCAACUGGUGGCAGGCGUACCGUGAUGAGGAGGAGGACCAAACGCUGGCCGGUCUGAUUCCCAGCCGGAGCUUCCAACAGCGACGAGAGGCCAUGAAGCAGACGAUGCCCGAUGACGAGGAACCCAAGAAGAAGUUUUUCUGUGGCGGCAGAUCCAAGAAAAAGAAGAAAAAGAAAAAGCUCUACAAUGCAAAUGGAAAUGAUCAAAGUAGCGAUGAGAUUCUGACCUACGAGGAAGUGGGUUUGUACGUUCCCAACCCCGAUAAGAAGAGACCUGUGGUACUGAUUGGGCCGCCGAAGGUUGGACGGCACGAGCUCAGACAGAGAUUGUUGGAGUCGGAGGCCAGAUUUGCAGCUGCUGUACCACACACGAGUAGACCAAAGAAGGACCACGAGGUCCACGGCGUGGAUUACUACUUCACCACGAGGCAACGCUUUGAGCAGGACAUCCAGACCGAGAAGUUUGUGGAACACGGCGAGUACGAGAAGAACAUCUACGGCACCAGCCUGGAGGCCAUACGCGGCGUGGUGAACGAGAGCAAGAUAUGCGUGUUAAAUCUCCAUCCCCAGUCACUUAAAGUCCUCAAGAAUUCGGACCUGAGGCCGUACUUCAUCUUUGUCUGCCCACCGUCUCUGGACCGGCUCAGACAACAGAGAACAGAAGCGGGAGAACUCUUGAAGGAGGAGGAGUUGAGGGAAAUCAUUGAGAUGGGGCGGGCCAUGGAGGACACCUACGGCCACUACUUUGACUACGUCAUUAUCCACUACGACCAUGAUAGGGCCUACACAGAACUCACUCAUGAGAUUGACAGAAUACAGCAGGAGCCCCAGUGGGUGCCCCUGUCGUGGCUUGAGAGCUAGAAGAACGAGCUCCACUCUGAGCGAGGAUAGAACAGUUCCAGUAAUAAUCAAAGCUUUGGAGUUUGACAACCACCGACAGCUAUACACUUGUGAAAAUGGGCCUUUUUUUUAUCAUUACCGGAAACCAUAGACAAGCUAUCUGUUCAAGCCAGUUCAUAAGUGUGACGUCAUUUCAACUAAACCAUGUGUAUGUGUAGCGUUGGAACCAAUGGAACCGGAAGUAGUGCCAGGUAGCGUGUUUAGCCAAUGAGCACUUGUAAUCAGUGGUGCAUGCGCGUAUAUGAGGCAGUCACUUACGAACCGGAAGAACGACUUUGAUUUCUGAUGGUUAAAACAACCUUUCUCUACAAUGCAGCUAUUUUGGUGAACUUUUUCACCAUAGUGUGUCCAGUCCUCACGUACAUUCCCCGCAAGCAAUCAUCGGCAAGUGGUACACGUUGAUCAUGAUACGGCUCUGUGAUGCUGAGAAUGGGCCAGCAAAGGUGGUGCUCUCACUGUAGUCUUGUCCGUCAACUGUACACUGCCCUCUACAGUUCCCUAAUGGAGCCCAAUAUUUAGCACUUCGCCAGUUAGUGCACCGUGCCACAUCUGAAAAGAGAAUUCCGCAGAAGUUGGUCCACUUUUGCCGCACAUUUUCUGUACGAUGGAAUUCUGCGUGUCAAUUUUGUGCAAGCUGUCCAACGUCCCUGAGUUUACAGUGCUACUAAGAUUACAUCAGGAAAGGCAGACACCGAGUGUUAAAAAUUGACAGCAACAUUUUGACAGCAGUUUUUCUCAAGCCAAAGCCUGCUGUAAGGAUACUCUUUACUGUGUUUACAGCUUAAGAUCUCUGGAUAAUGAAUCCUGGUUCCAAUAUCAAACCUUUGGAUGGGCAUUAUCAAACCUUUUCUGAAUUCAUGGUUACUAAAUUAAAAAAAAUAAACAAAGAACAGCCUCUGAGAUACCUACAAUGAAUAAGGUCUGUAAAAUUCUCCCAGAACCAUUACCCACCGCAAGAUUUUGAGGAUUUGGCCAGAUUAGGACUAGAGCAUGUUACAUUACAUGGGGUUGAUACUCCUUAAAUUCUAGAAGUACAAAAGGAAAUAGUUUGAAAUGGUACUUGGUGAUUUACUCGCAUUUUGAGCUGGAACAAGUCAUGCAAACACAGUGCUUAACAUUACCCCCAUCGGCAGUGUUUUGUAUUGGUACGUAAGGCAAGGAAUUCACAGACACAUGAUGGCUAAGUCUCCUUACAAAGUUCGUAUUCAACAGAUAUUGUGUUGAGAGAUGUGUAAGGCCUGCAGUCGCCAUGUUUUGCCUGUGUUAACCCCUGGCUGUUGCCAUCGGGAAUGACUUUCGACAUUAUUGCAAACCUGCUUGUUUAUGAAAUAUUUCUCAUUAUUACACUUCAUACAUAUUUAUGAACCAAUCAUUUGCCCUGCUUUGAUUGGCCAAUGUUCUGAUGCAUUGGGGAAUUCGAAGUAGUUCCUCAGGAUUAGUUCCUGGACUCCUGACUAGGCAACAGUCAUGAUCGCAAAUGAGGAGGUUGGUGGUACCACGCUAAAACCGUCACGGUAGACUAAUUGAUUAUGCACAUUCCUUCAGAAGAUUUCCCACAGAACUGUUUCCAUUUGUAAUCAUGAAACUGAAUAUGUAUAAGGUGUAAUUUGUUUCAAAGUUGAACGAAGAAAUUGACUGGAGUGGGGUUUGAACCUGCAACCUCCAGAUUGGCGUUCCGGUGCUCUACCAACUGAGCUAUCCAGCUGGCUAAUCUAUGUUAGCGGUUCCCCAUCGGUCAAUGUCUUUGUUAAAAAAACAUGCUGUAUUUGUGAAUCUCCAAAAGGGGGCGCCCUAGCUUGUCAUAAGUUGAUACACUUGUCUAGCAUCACUGAAAGCCUGCAAAAACACUCAUAUUCCAAAGACUCUGUAUAGGAAUAACUGCAGCAGUAAAUGAAGACAAGUUUGCUGAUAAAACUAUUUUCCGAAAAAAAUAUUCGAAUUCAAUUAUCAACAUUUAGCUUUACAAACGUGUUUGAUGAUGAAAAAAAAAAAAAUGUGCCAAUACCGUCUUCCAUAUACUGUGCUGCUUACUGAAAAUAUUCAGUGGGUUUUUUAUAUAUACAUCCGCUGAUACUGUUUCAAGAUAUCAUUAUAGUGUAGUUUCAAAUGAAAUAGUGUGUAAACUUUUGAACACAAUUCUAUUACUUGAAGGUAUUCCAACAACUGCUGUAUAGACUUAAAAAUUGCAACUUGGCAAGUGUGAAGCCCAACACUGAGUUGCGAUAAACCAAUAAUUUUGAAGGUACUAUCAUAAUUGUAAAUCGGCUGAUUGAGCCACGUUUGUACAGACAUCGUAUUCCUAAUUUUCCCAUCAGCUGUACAUGUAUAUGUAGCCAUAAGUAUUUUGUAGUCAUCAAUGUUACUUUUAAGUUAUUGUAUCACCUAUAAACAGUUGGCAGUCAUCAAUAUAUUUGCCUGGUUUCAACAAUAUUUUAUUAUUAUUACUUUUGCUUUUUUUGUUGUUUAGUUUUGAGUUGCCGUCGGUUGUAAUUAUAUUUGAUAAACAGUAAACAAUUGAAUUUGUACAUAAAUAAAAUACUAUUCAUAAUCGGCCUGACGAUGGUGAACCUAAUUUAUUGCAACUCACUCUUGUUUACUUUAAUUCAUAGUUUGAGAACAUGUACAGUAAGUUUUCGGUGUCAAUAUUUGUACAAGUACGUUUUGUUGAAAAGAAACCCACCUAUAUUUGCCUUAUACUUAAAACUUGUCACAGGUGGCUUGACAAAUUGAUAACAUUUAAAAAAAAAAAAAA